AUGGCGCCGCCAAUUGACCUUUAUAAGAACGGAAGUGGAGUCAGCAACCCUCAUCCGACACCAAUUGAGCCAGGAAAAGCUGGACGCCCCGUUGAACUGCAAAGCAACAUCUUCGGUAUCGUCAUCAAUCAGGAGCAGAAGAUUUAUCGUUACGACGUCUCAAUCUUUGCAACUUCGCGCCCAGUGGAGGAUUUCUCGGAUCCAACUGUUGUUCCAAUUGAGAUCGCAAAGAAGACCGCUAACGAUCACUACUCGUCUGAGCGCAAGGCCAUGGCCGGGAAAGUCUUUGAGAUGUUGUUCGACCAAUAUGCUGACGAAUUGGCUUCCCCUGUUGUUGUCUUCUAUGAUCGACAAAGCAUCUUGUUCUCGGUGGAGCGCCUGAAGUAUACUGGUGCGAUGUUUCGGUGCCUAAUAAAACUCACGCCUGCGCAAGCUGUUGGCCCUCUUGAAGGACUUCAUCUCAUCGAGGUCCAGAUCAAACCCACCGCUGAAAACUAUGAAAUGCCGCUCAAUGUUUACAAGGAAAUGGACAACUCUCUCGUUGCAAUGGACAAGGAUCGAACAAUUUUUCAAUUUCUUCAAAUUGGAUUAGUUCAACAUGCUCUUGCUAAUCCGCAAUCGUUUCUGGUUUUUGAGAAGGGUAAGGUCUACAUGAAGAAUGCUCAAGUGUUUGGCGUUGAUCCAAUGGAGACGAAGAAGUUGCCUGAUGGAAAGGAGCUGAAAGUUGGUGCAAAAUAUUCUGUGCAACUCGUUGAGGGACCGAAAGGACGGGAUCGCGCCAACAUCUCCGUGGCAAUCGAUGCAAAAAAAGCCGCCUUCCACAAGCCGAUUCCAAUGCCAGAAAAAGCCGUCAACAUAUUGACCGGAUUCAAUUUCCAGCGCUCAUGUAACUCUGUCCAGAUUGAACGCCUCAACAUUGUUCUAAGAGGUCUUAUGGUAACAACCACUCACGGAAGGUCCAAGAAGGCUUACAAGAUCAUCAAAGUUGCCUUCGAUUCGUCACAUGUGAUUACCCUGCCCGACAAGAAGAUCUCCGUUCGCGACUACUAUCAGGAGAAGUAUAAUCUAUGCUUGCAAGCACCAUUAGCUCCAUUGAUCUGUGUCCAGGCAAAGAAGGAAACGUUCUUCCCAAUGGAAGUCUGUACAGUGCUUCCUGACCAACGUGUCGGCUUUGCACAACAAACUGCUGAACAAAUGAAAGAGACGACCAAAGAAUGUGCCGUGCCACCAAUUCGCCGACAAACACUCAUUAUGAACAAUGCCGAGGCAAACGAGAUCUUCGAAACCAAGCAUGGCGGUUUCCGCGUGGUCACAAACCCGAUGAAAGUGAAUGCUCGCCAACUCGCACCACCUGUCAUUCGCUACAACAAUGGACAUACAGCUAAUAUCGACAUGGAGCGAUUCACUUGGAAGAUCGAGCGAGGAGCACAAUAUCUGAUACCCGGAAAAUGUGAUGUUUGGGCUUUUCUUCUCAUUGUCCGACAACCCCAAGAUAUCAAGCACUAUAAACCACUGGCCGAACGACUUUACAACGAAGCAAUAAGACGCGGUGUUCAACUGGAAGCUCCGGUUGCAUGCGAAGUGGUGAACUUUGAAAGACUUGAAGAAAUGUUCCAGACGAUGGCACAAAAUAAGGUCGACUUCGCACUUAUGGUCACCGAUGACAGCUUAACAAUUCAAGAUGAGAUCAAGAGCUUUGAGCGCAAGUAUCAAAUCGUUACCCAAAACAUCAAACUGCGAACGGCACGUGAAGUGCUCGAGAAGGGCAAGCCAGCUACGGUGGAAAAUUUAUGCAACAAGAUGAACGUCAAGCUUGGUGGCAUCAACUAUUCAAUCAAAAUCAAUGGCAACACUCUUCUCCAGAAAGGCGAAACGUUGGUGAUUGGAUUGGGGGCAACAAUUGCGCCUCCAGGAGUCCGACUUGAGGGAGAACAGCCGAUGCCGACUGUUGUUGGAUACGCCGCAAAUAUUUCUGCGGACGUCGACGGCUUUUGCGGCGAUUUCGAACUUGUGGACCCAAAAUUGGCAUCGGACCAGUUGAUUGGUGGUCUGGUGGUACAGCGUGUCAUUGAUGACUGGAUGAAAAUGUGCGGCGUCGGAAAUGCAGCUCGCAAGCGUCCCACUUCACUGCCUAAACGUGUUGUCUUGUACCGAGGAGGAGUUCCUGAAACGGCAUACGACAAGAUGAUCCAAAAUGAAAUUCCGGCCAUUCAAGAAGUCUUGUCAAAAUACUCAACCGACUCCAAGAAUAAAAUUGCCCUCACCUACAUCAUCGUCACAAAGGAUCAUUGCACCCGUCUCUUCCGCGCCGAAAUCAACCCAAGUGACCGAGCCAACAAGCAGAACAUUGAUCCUGGAUGUGUUGUCGACACGAUUCUCACAAGCCCUAAGUUCAAGCAAUUCUACUUGAACUCUCACAUCGCUCUUCAGGGUAGCGCCUUGACUCCACUGUACACAAUUCUUUGUGAUGAUUGCAAAUGGUCAAUGGAUGACAUCGAGGAGUUCACCUACAGCUUGUGCUACAUGCAUCAAAUUGUGGCUCUUCCGACUUCUCUACCAACGCCACUCUAUGUUGCCAAUCGCUACGCUGAACGUGGACGCCGUAUGGUGGUUCAACAUUUGAAGAAUGAAGCCGCUGCCGGAGUCAAUCCAGCCACACUCAAUUUCUUGGAUGAGGACGUCAAGAACAAAAUUGUAUAUAAAUCUACCAGGUUUUCGAACCUGCGUGUCAACGCG